AUGACGGCGUCAGAAACGCCUGAACAAUAUGAAGCCAGGUUAACAAAGCAACGUGAGCGAUACACACAGAUGAUAGCGUCAGAAACGCCUGAAGAAUAUGAAGCCAGGUUAACAAAACAACGGGAGCGAUAUACACAGAUGGUAGCGUCAGAAACGCCUGAAGAAUAUGAAGUUAGAUUAAUACAAAGCCGUGAAAGACAAAGACAGCAGUUGAGUUCAGAAACGCCUGAACAUCGCGAUACGAGAAAUAACCCGCUUUACAAAGAUGUACGUAUUGACGACAAUGCCCAAAUUAGUGACCAGGAGUUAGUACGACUUAGUGUGCCCGAAUUGUCUGAAGAUGAAGCGUCCGAAAGGAAUGAAAAUGAAAUUCGAAAUGCAUUCAUUCCAAUUAAUAAUGUUGCAAGAAUUAUUCGAGCUUCAUGGCAUCAAGGUGACUACAACGUCUUUACUUCGCGAUAUGCUGGUGUACAAUGUAGUGCUAUGUCGUUGGCGAACAUUGUCCGAGCUGCAAUCCUAAGCCCUAAUCAAUGGGACGUCAAUAUUCUGAAUGCUAAUAUGUUAGCGGGUGACUCCUUAUAUUACUGGAUUCGUACCCAGCUUGAUCCUACUGAACUGGAUGAAACAGGAUAUUUAGAGAUUCGAAACUUUCAUAUCGUCAGGCAAAGUUUACAAAUGUAUGAAUGCCGAUUUUCUAUAGAAUAUGAUGAAGACACUCUUUUAUUCGGGAGUCUCCAAGAUUCUCGUCAAAUAAAUCUGUUAGCGUAUUUCACGGUGAAGACAAAUACUAUUUUGCUGACUCCCAUUCUUGUGGCCCAAAAAGGAAAACCAACACCAGAAAAUGGCAAAGCCUGUGUUAUAGAAUGCGAAAACUUACAAGAACUGUGCCGCAUCUGUAAAAGAUGCCUCGGAUCCCGUAACAUCGCGUACACCCUUACACGCGUAGACUUACAUUUGAGGGAAAAUAUUAUCACUCGUCAGGGUGUUCAAGUACAGCAACAGGAAGAUGCCAUCACUCAUCAGGAUGUACAAGUACAACAACCGCUUUCGAAUCUGAGAUCUGAAACUAUACCUAUACAAACAUCUGUAAUGUUGCCUAUUGAUAGCGUACAACCUGAUGUUGAAGAUGAGCUAGAGGUAUCUGAAAAUGUAAACGAAAUCAGAAGAAAGACGAAUAAUAAUAUUGUGAAUGAAGCUUAUGAGUUAAAAGCAGAAGAGUUCGCAUGGUAUCAGCUUUUCCCGUAUGGUAAAAAUGGUUUGAAAGAACAACGGCCCGUAAAUAUAAGUCCUUUGGAUUACUAUCAAUUUCGUUUAUUAGUUGCUGAUGUUAGAUUUCAGCGCAACGAUUACCUAUUCUAUGCUCUAUCAAUGUUUGAUUACUAUCGAGUUAAAUCAACCAUUGCAGCUUGUGCUAGAAAAGUUGAAGGUGAAAACGGCAAUCGAGUGGAAGACCUGCACUUAUAUUUAAAAAAUCUAAGAGGUUCCGCUGCUUAUUGGCGUAGUGCUCUUAGUGAUCUUAUAGCACAAAUCAGAUGUUUAGGACCUCCCACUUAUUUUCUUACAUUGAGCUGCAAUGAUCUUCACUAG